AUGCCCGCCCCUGCGACCGCCUCGAUGCCGUCGACCACCACCUCGACGAUGCGCCCGGCGCCAACCGCGGCCAAGGACGAGCUGGCGCAGCGCGCGAUCACGCCGACGGCCGCGUCCCCGGACCCCGAGGCGGCGCUCGUCUCGCCGUCGCUGCAGGCCAUCUGGCAGUCGUUCAAGGAGCACGGCCACGGCGACACCGAGCUCCUCAAGCUCAUCCUCUCGGCAAAGCUCAAGGAGGACGAGCGCCUCAAGUCGAUGGACGACCUCCGCGCCGAGCAGCUGCGCGCUCAGCAGGCCAUGUGGCAGUACACCAUGUACCAGUACAUGCUCGUCGCGUCGGCCCAGCAGCAGCAGGCCGCCGCCGCCGCCGCCGCCGCGGUCAAGGGCGGCCCGGCCCCGUACUCGCCCCUGUCGCCGCCCCCGGCCGAGCUCGUCCCGCUCAGCAACAACGGCACGACGUCGAACAAGCGCCCGAGGGCGUCCAGCAGCGCGUCGAGCGCCUCGUCGACGAGCGACGCGGCCAAGAAGGCGCGCACGGGCACCCACUCGCUGCCGCGCACGACGGCGCUCGCCCCGGGCCAGAAGCCGUCGCACGCCGACGUCAUGGACGCCCUCCGUCGCAAGUGCGAGGCCAACAAGCAGACCCAGCAGCCGACCGCCGCCGCUGCCGCCCUCUCGGCCGCGCGCACCUCGCCGUCGUACCCGCACCGCGCCCUCGCUCCCGCCCCGACCUCGUCGGCCCGCACCUCGAUGUCGCCGCCGCUGUCGACGACUGCGACGCCUGGGUCGACCGCGCGCCGCCUCUCGCCGCCGCACGUCGUCCCCGGCCGCCACACGUCGUUCCUCCGCCCGGCGCCCCCUCCCUCGGACGCCUCGUCGUCGGCCUCGCAGCAGCACGCCUCGGCGCCGAGGCCGUCCUCGCCUCCUGCCCUCGCCUCGGUCCGCGAGCACCCGACCGCCGAGCCCGCGCAGGCCCUGCCGCGCAGCAACAAGCUCGCGCUCCUCCUCCACGCGAGCGAGUCGACGGCGUCGCAUUUCCACACGCCGAGCUGGCUCCCGCAGCCGCAGCAGGCGACGAGCGACGUGCGCGGGUCGGUCGUCCCGGCGCCGGCCGUCGUCGCUGCCGCCGACGCCUAG